CUCUCCCUCGCUCUCUCUCUCUCUCUCUCCCCCUCGAGCUCCCGGCUGCCCGCGGCUCCCUCGCGCUCUCCCCUCUCCGGUAGGCUCCACCAAGCGAUGCGAGCUUUGGGAAACAGCGACACCGCCUCCCGCUAGAGACCUGCCCCCGGCCCGGCCCGGCCCCCUGCCCAGCCCUGCCCUGCGCGCGGGGGUCGGCGAAGGCGCCGCGGACGCACCGACGGCUGAGGACCCGCGAUGCACAUGCACUAGCAGCACCCCCUCACUCAUUCCCUCCACACCCCGCACCGCCGCCGCCUCCUCCUCCUCCGGCAGCAGCGGCAGAAGGACCCACCCUGCCCCCCACCCCACCCUCCGCCGGCUCCGGCUCCUGCUUCAACUAUUAUUUUAUUUAUUUUGGGUCGUGCACAAGCCUCAGUGCCUGCAGCCCGCGCCUCCUCGGACCGCGGGCGCCUCCUCCCUCGGCCCCGGAGCCCCAGACCCCGGCCACCUUCGCCUCGACACCCCUAGAGCCCGCCAGCUGCCGCGAGUCUCCGCUGCUGGAAUCUUGUUAGCGGCUGUCUUUUUGGGGGGUUCUGGUUUCCCGACAUUUUUGUUUUCAGCCAAGGGAAGGAUAUCGUGGUUUUUUCCCCUUUGAGCCCAGGCUCUGCUCUCUGGGGGGGUGGGGGGCGCGCCGAGCCGGGGAGCCGUGCCAGCCGAGUCGUGCGGGCUGUGGCAGGGAAGGGGCCACCAUGGGAUGUACUCUGAGCGCAGAGGAGCGAGCCGCCCUCGAGCGGAGCAAGGCGAUUGAGAAAAACCUCAAAGAGGAUGGCAUCAGCGCCGCCAAAGACGUGAAAUUACUCCUGCUGGGGGCUGGAGAAUCAGGAAAAAGCACCAUUGUGAAGCAGAUGAAGAUCAUCCACGAAGAUGGCUUCUCUGGAGAAGACGUGAAACAGUACAAGCCUGUUGUCUACAGCAACACCAUCCAGUCCCUGGCAGCUAUCGUCCGGGCCAUGGACACUUUGGGCAUCGAAUACGGUGACAAGGAGAGAAAGGCUGACGCCAAGAUGGUGUGUGACGUGGUGAGUCGGAUGGAAGACACCGAGCCCUUCUCUGCCGAACUGCUUUCCGCCAUGAUGCGGCUCUGGGGCGACUCAGGAAUCCAGGAGUGCUUCAACAGGUCUCGGGAGUAUCAGCUCAACGAUUCUGCCAAAUACUACCUGGACAGCCUGGAUCGGAUUGGGGCCGCCGACUACCAGCCCACCGAGCAGGAUAUACUCCGAACCAGGGUCAAAACCACUGGCAUCGUAGAAACCCACUUCACAUUCAAGAACCUCCACUUCAGGCUGUUCGACGUCGGGGGCCAGCGAUCUGAACGCAAGAAGUGGAUCCACUGCUUCGAGGACGUCACAGCCAUUAUCUUCUGCGUCGCACUCAGCGGCUACGACCAGGUGCUCCAUGAAGAUGAGACCACGAACCGCAUGCACGAGUCUCUCAUGCUCUUCGACUCCAUCUGUAACAACAAGUUCUUCAUCGAUACCUCCAUCAUUCUCUUCCUCAACAAGAAAGAUCUCUUUGGUGAGAAGAUCAAGAAGUCACCUUUGACCAUCUGCUUUCCUGAAUACACAGGCCCCAAUACCUACGAGGACGCGGCCGCCUACAUCCAAGCACAAUUUGAAAGCAAAAACCGCUCGCCCAACAAAGAAAUUUAUUGUCACAUGACUUGUGCCACAGACACGAAUAAUAUCCAGGUGGUAUUCGACGCCGUCACUGACAUAAUCAUUGCCAACAACCUGCGGGGCUGCGGCUUGUACUGACCCCUUGUCCUGUAUAGCAACCUAUUUGGUAAUGAUCGCAGCACUCCCAGAGAGGUUUGCGCGCGCGCGCACACACACACACACACACACCCCACUAACAAAUGCAAGUUGGCAAAUAAACUUUAAAAAAAGGCAUAACAAGACCUUAUAUAUAUACAAAUAUAUAUGAAAAAAAUUCUUUUUAGUUUGUAUUAGAAAGAGCUUCGGACAGAACUGACCACCCUCCCAUAGAUAGAUCAUCGGGGGUUUUCCGGGACAGCAUGUACGCGUGCACACGCGCUCGCUCACACGCACGCGCGCACACACGUCGUGAUGGGGGUCCUGAUUUGGGAGUCCAUCCUUUUAAGAACAGCCACGUGAUUUUACUCUGAGACCCAUUUCUGUGAGCAGAGGGAGAGGCAAAGAAAGGCCUGGCAUGAGUCCGGCCUCUCUGCCCCUGGCCCGCCCCCCAAGGCUGCGUGGUCUCAGUUCUGUCCUGCUCUCACGCAAAUUCCAAAGCCCUUCAAAAACUGGCCAAUACCCUAAACCUCUCCCUACCCUCUACUCCCAACAACAGGAAAACUAAGGAUGCUUCUCUCUUGGGUGGCAAUGGUUGUUAAUUUCAAGAAUUUAGAAGAAUCGUUGCUCUGGCCAAUCCACUGUCUCCUGAGUUUUCUUUAUUCAAAGGCGAGAGUUGGAGGAACAGGAGACUUGGCCUGCUUUCUAGAAGCAGCUGAGGGGAGGGAACAUUGAGACCAUGGCUGCAAUUCACCUGCCGAGUUGAAGCCAGCCCCCUGGAGAAGAGAAGGGCCCGGAGGGAGCAGGGGGGAGGUGAGAAGGACAGCGGUGGCCCGGGGAGGGCCGGAUUAAUGUAGGCCUGACCAGAGUCAGGGUCCUUUGGGGUGAGGCCUCCCAGGGGGCCUGGGCUGGGCUCCCCUGGAGUUCUUGAUCCCUCCGGUGAUGCUGCCCCAUCUUGCCCUACGCCAACAUUAUUAAAAAUAUUCUAGGGUUUUUUGGGGUUGUUUUUUUUUGUUGGUUGGUUUUUAAAAUCAAAGAAAAUGGUCAGACUGGACCCCCUUAUCUCUCUCUCUACAGACUGCUUCACGGACUCUUUGCUGUUGACGUUGAUCUCCUGGUAGCAUGACCUUUUGGCCUUUGUAAGACACACAGCCUUUCUGUAUCAAGCCCCUGUCCAACCUACGACCCCAGAGUGACUGACGGCUGUGUAUUUCUGUAGAAUGCUGUAGAAUCUGGUUUUAGUUGAGUCUUUACAUUUAGAAUUUGAAAGGAAAAAAAAGAACAUUUCUCAUGUGCUUUGUAGCUUAAAAAAAAAAGAAGAAAAAGGAAA